UCAGUCUCGCGUCGCAAUUCGAGCGAUUCGGAAGCGUUUUCCCCCACGUCCAAGCAAAAGAAAUACACAAUAUAUGCGAACACAAGCAUAUACAAUCCCGUAUAUAAAAUCAGAAACAAAUGUAUAAAUUUGGUUCACAGACGCGCGUGUUGCAAAUCAAAAAUUGUGCAUAUUCCCAGAAAUUAUAAAUAAAUCUGAGUUUUUUGUGGGAAACAAUUAAGUGCCAACUGUGCGUUCCGUUGGCUGUGUUCUGGGAGUGUGGAAAUCUUAAAAACAAAACAAAACAAAACGAAAAAUCUUCAAAUAAAAGAUUGCUGAAUUCGGUUUUAUUCACGAUCAAGUGCAAGUUGUCUAUUUGAAACUCUCCUCUGGGUUUGAUACGAGCAAAUGAUGAGCCAAAACUGGCACAAAACAAGUCUAUAAUCUGAGCAAAUCAACAAGGAACGUUCGUCAACAGGAAGCGGUAUAAAGUAAAACAUUCAAAAUGGAUAGCAGCAAAUUGUUGAAGAACGUCUACGGCAUCGACAUUCGCUUCGAAGAUCUCGUCUACCAGGUCAACGUACCCAGACAGCACGAAAAGAAGUCUGUACUGAAGGGCAUAACAGGUACAUUCAAAUCUGGCGAGCUGACAGCCAUCAUGGGUCCCUCGGGGGCCGGAAAAUCUAGUCUAAUGAACAUCCUGACGGGCCUAACAAAGUCCGGCGUCAGUGGGAAGAUAGAGAUCGGCAAGGCCCGGAAGCUGUGCGGCUACAUAAUGCAGGAUGAUCACUUCUUUCCCUACUUCACCGUGGAGGAGACGAUGCUCAUGGCGGCUACACUUAAAAUCUCUAACAAAUGCGUCAGUAUGAAGGAGAAGCGGACUCUGAUUGAUUAUUUGCUAAACUCGCUGAAGCUGACAAAAACGAGGCAAACAAAGUGCUCCAAUCUGAGUGGCGGCCAAAAGAAGCGUCUAUCAAUUGCCCUGGAGCUUAUAGACAAUCCAGCUGUUCUAUUUUUAGACGAGCCCACAACAGGCCUGGAUAGUUCAUCGUCCUUCGACACGAUCCAACUGCUGCGAGGCCUGGCGAACGAGGGGCGCACCAUUGUGUGCACGAUCCACCAGCCUUCGACGAACAUCUACAAUCUGUUCAACCUGAUCUACGUGCUCAGCGCCGGUCGAUGCACCUACCAGGGCACGCCCCAGAACACCGUCAUGUUUCUGAGCAGCGUAGGACUGGAGUGCCCGCCCUACCACAAUCCCGCCGACUUCCUGCUGGAAUGCGUGAAUGGGGACUACGAUGAUCACACCGAGGCUUUGGCGGAAAGCGCCAAGGACACCCGUUGGCGCUACGAUCAGCAGCUGAUGCAGGGCGAGUCUGCGGAGCCGCCCAGCGAGACCCAACUGGCCAAGUUCAAUGAGUCACAGUCGCCCGGGCACAUGCAGAAGGUCGAGAUACAGAGCAUGGACUCCUCCAAGGAGCUCACGCGCCACACAUACCCGCCCGCGGAGUGGAUGCGGCUGUGGCUGCUCAUUGGACGCUGCCAUCUGCAGUUCUUCAGGGAUUGGACUCUCACCUAUCUGAAACUUGGGGUGCACAUAAUCUGCGCCGUAUUGAUCGGCUUAUUCUUCGGCGACUCUGGCAGCAAUGCCACCAAGCAAAUUUCGAAUGUGGGCAUGAUUAUGAUCCACUGCGUCUAUCUCUGGUACACCACCAUUAUGCCGGGCAUAUUGAGAUAUCCAUCCGAGAUAGAGAUCAUCAAGAAGGAAACAUUUAAUAACUGGUACAAACUGAGAACCUAUUACCUGGCCACCAUUAUCACUUCCACUCCAGUUCAUAUUAUCUUUUCGACGGUAUAUAUCACGAUAGGAUACCUCAUGACAGAACAGCCCGUUGAGAUGGAUCGAUUUGUUAAAUAUCUGCUCUCAGCCGUGGUGGUUACCAUUUGCGCCGAUGGCUUGGGCGUGUUCCUGGGCACGGUUCUGAAUCCAGUUAAUGGAACCUUCGUGGGUGCCGUGUCGACGUGCUUUAUGCUGAUGUUCUCCGGUUUCCUCAUUCUGCUGAACCACAUUCCGGCCGCGAUGCGGAUCGUCGCCUCACUGUCGCCACUACGGUAUGCCUUGGAGAAUAUGGUCAUCUCCCUUUAUGGCAACCAUCGGGAACAGUUGAUCUGCCCACCCACGGAGUUCUACUGCCACUUCAAAAACGCCGUGACUGUGCUGCGCCAGUUUGGAAUGGAGCAGGGCGACUUUGGCUACAACAUCAUGAUGAUUCUUGGCCAAAUAACGCUGUUCAAGGUGUUGGCCUACUUCACGCUGAAGCACAAAAUCAAAAGGAUUUGAAGGAUUUGAACUAGGAACUAAUGUAUGCUUGUAGUAUUGGGCUGAAUAUGAAUCGAAUGUGAUUUUACGUUACUUAUCGCUUAGUUGCAAGUAAACCCAACCAACUCUCUUAUAUCGGCGUGUGAUACUUUAACAAAUGCAACGAACCCAUUGCAAUGCUAAUGCUAACUGUUGCUGCAAACCCCCUAAUCAUAGCGAAGCAUAGUUUUUAUACUGUUUAUGUAUGUAUGGCUUAACCACAUCUGUAUGUAUGCAUCUAUCUUUAUGUAAAUGUAAUUAUCUGUGUAGUUAACCUAGAUUUAAGCGAGACCUGUGUGAACAAACGAAAUAUAUUGUACGAAAACGA